CUCCUUUGUGCCUCUUCACUUUUAUUCUACCUCAAUUUAGACCUCUGUAACAAUUUUGUGCGGGUCAAUUUCGUGCUUCAUCUUCGAACUUACAGUCAGAUUCACAGUGCACAACAUGUCUUCUUUAUAUGAUUCCGAGAACAGUUCUAUUUCCUCCUCCCCUCCUCCUCCAAUGCAAUCUCUGGAUGUUGAAAUGGAGGACGUCCAACCUACCUCUGCAACUUUUCCUUCGUCAAGCGCUGGCCGUGUAAGUGGACAUGGUGGUAUAUCCGGCAGCUACAGCGUCGGGGUCCGACCCUCGUCCAAGAAGUUCAAAAAUAGACACACCACUGGUUCUUUGAACCGCUUGCAGCAGCAAACCAAUGGUCUUCGCAUAGAUGAUGGCCUCUUCCAGCGUCUCAAACCAAAAUCACUGGUAGUUGGAAAACGAUAUGAUAUACUGGGCAACCUUCCUUAUGAACUUGCAACCCUGAUCUGCUCUUAUGUAGAACCAUUGUGGCUCUUGCGAAUGAGCCUAGUCAGCAAAACGUGGCUGAUUGCUUCCCGUGAUAACGAACUUUGGAAACGCAAAUUUGCAGCGAAUCCGUCAUGGAAAGUCAAUAUCCCUUAUCAACACCUCGAUGAAAUGGAUUGGCGACAUCUCUACAGUCAGCGAUAUUUGCUGGAACAGAGAUGGAGUACGGGGAAAGUCACCACACAUUACCUCACAGGACAUGCUGAUAACGUGUAUUGCCUACAAUUUGAUGACGAAAAAAUCAUCACUGGUAGUCGCGAUCGAACAAUCAAGAUCUGGAAUAUGAAAACUCGAGAAUGCAUGCAUACACUCACUGGACACGAGCAAAGCGUUCUCUGCUUACGAUAUGAUGAAGAAAUUUUAGUGUCUGGCUCUUCAGAUCAGUCAGUCAUCGUUUGGGAUUUGCAAACCUUGCAAAUGAAAUACAGAAUAAUGGGACAUACGGAAGGAGUCUUAGAUGUCGUUUUCGACAAAAAAUACAUCGUCACAUGUUCAAAAGAUAGUACGAUUCGGAUAUGGGAUCGCGCUACUGGAAACGCUAUAAGGGUGAUAUCGGCGCAUCGUGGCCCUGUCAAUGCCAUACAACUUAAGGACAAUAUUAUAGUAUCGGCAUCUGGAGAUACCUUUAUCAAAAUGUGGGACAUCGAAACCGGAGAAUGCUUACGAGAAUUCGAAGGCCACACCCGAGGGUUGGCCUGUGUACAGUACGAUGGCAAACGAAUUGUCAGCGGAUCGAAUGAUAAGAGGAUAAAGGUUUGGGAUGUAAAGACUGGCCAAUGUAUUAUGACCUGCGAAGGUCACACCGGCCUUGUUCGAACGCUGAAGUUUGACGAUGAAAAGCUAAUCAGCGCCAGCUAUGACCAAAGUAUACGAGUAUGGGAUAUUCGAUCAGGGACACCCCUUCUAAACUUCCAGAGUGGCCAUUUAAGCUGGGUAUUUGACGUCCAUUUUAAUCGAACGAAAAUAGUCAGUUGCUGCCAAGGCCACGAUCAGCAGAUUUUAAUAAUGGAUUUCGGCCAAGGACUGGACACUACCUACUUUAUAUGACCUGUAUUAUGCAACACCUUCGAUACCUAUACCUACCAAUCUUGCCUUCUUGUACAUCCUUUUUUGUUGUUGUUGUCUUUCUACGCAAUAUUUUGUUUUGUUUGUUUCGCUUUUGUUUUUUUUUUUUCUUACCUUUGCUAUAUGCUCAUUGCAUGGAGAUUUAUAGCUUCUAAGGAAACGAUGUGUCUCCGAGCCUAUUUAUUGCCAAAUGCAUUGUCCCAACUGCUCUCCUUUCAAAUGCAUUUUCCUUCUAUUUUCUUUUACUUGUUGAACAAAAGAUCAGAUUACUCAGCUGAUCUUGUUACUACUUUUAUUCCUUCCAAGAAGCAUUUCAAAGGAAAAAUAAUGUUAUUAAAAUAAUGAUAAUGAUAACAGGUAACACCUCAAAAGAGUAGAAA